AUGUGGGGCCGCGGGAAGCAGGGCGGGAAGGCGCGGGCCAAGGCCAACUCGCGCUCGUCGCGGGCCGGGCUGCAGUUCCCCGUGGGCCGCGUGCAUCCGCUGCGCGGCAGGGAGCGGGUGGGCGCCGGCGCCCCGGUGUACCUGGCGGCCGUGCUGGAGUACCUGACGGCCGAGAUCCUGGAGCUGGCGGGCAACGCGGCCCGCGACAACAAGAAGACGCGCAUCAUCCCCCGCCACCUGCACCUGCCCAUCCGCAACGACGAGGAGCUCAACAAGCUGCUGGGCAAGGUGACGAUCGCGCAGGGCGGGGUGCUGCCCAACAUCCAGGCCGUGCUGCUGCCCAAGAAGACCGACAGCCACAAGGCUAAAGCCAAGUAA